CAACACACUUCAUUCAGAACUUGUAAUGACUUCAUCUACUCAUGUCUGAAAUUGCUGUAUCGGCAUUCUUUAGCCUACAUGCUGUAUGUAAUUAUCUUUGACAAGACGUUUUUGCACAUAAAAAAAUAAAAAGAAGAGCAAGUAAUUUUAUUUCUACAAUGUGCCGCAAGCAGCAGAUACUUCAUGGGACACGUUUUGUACACAUCUGCAGUAGAAAUCGGCCGAUAUGUUUUUUCAGACCCGAUACUGAUACUUAGUAGUCACGGAGGCCAAUAACCGAUAUAUGGAGCGGAUAUUAAUUUGCAGUAAAAGUUAUUUAAACAUGAAUAGUAUACUGUAUGUUAGUACAGAGCUGGAAAAGACUUUAAGUAGUUUUUUUUCCAACAUUAUUUAUUCAGGAAACUUCAGACCGGUAGAGCGAGCACCCUGCGAGUACAGCGGAUGGAGGCUUGAUCGUUGCAGGAGCAAAAGCAAAACGGAACUGGUGCUGCUGGAGUCUUAGUUGGUCACCCAUUUGACACUGUGAAGGUCAGACUGCAAGUCCAGAAUGUCAACAAGCCUCUUUACCGCGGAACCUUUCACUGCUUCCAGUCCAUCAUACACCAGGAGUCGAUGUUUGGUUUAUACAAAGGCAUCGGCUCACCAAUGAUGGGCCUCACCUUCAUCAACGCCAUCGUCUUCGGCGUCCAGGGGAAUGUCAUGCGUCUAUUGGGCCAGGACACGCCCGCCAACCAAUUUAUGGCGGGUGCAGCUGCAGGCGCCAUCCAGUGCAUCAUCUGCUGCCCCAUGGAGCUGGCUAAGACGCGCAUGCAGAUGCAAGGCACGGGCGAGAUGAAGUCGUCCAAGAAGACUUACAAGAACUCUCUGGACUGCUUGGCUCGCAUCUACAAGCGCGAGGGCUUGUGGGGCAUCAACAGGGGCAUGGUGACCACGUUCAUCCGCGAGACGCCCGCCUUUGGCUUCUACUUCCUGGCGUACGACGUGUUGACGCGCUACCUGGGAUGUGAACCCGAGGACCGCUACAUGAUCCCGAAGUUGCUGUUUGCCGGUGGCAUGGCGGGCAUCGCUUCAUGGCUCUCCACCUAUCCGGUGGACGUUAUCAAGUCGCGUCUCCAGGCGGACGGCGUGGGCGGUGUCAACCGGUACAGUAGCAUCGCCGACUGCGUGCGACAGAGCGUGCGCACGGAGGGCUACAUGGUGUUUACGCGGGGGCUUACCUCCACGCUGCUGCGAGCCUUUCCCGUCAAUGCCGCCACUUUCGCCACUGUCACACUCGUCCUCAUGUACGCGCGCGGCCCUCAGUCGGCGCCCGAGGACUGCGAGCCGCCUCAGACCCAGCGCUCCAGUCUGUAACGGGCAGGGGGGGUAAUGUCGCCUGCGGCACGGCACUUUAUCGCAGCGAGGUUUGAAGUCACUUUAUUAUAAAGCAACAAUGGCUGCUUUUGAACAAAGACGUUUAUAUUUCAAAGCAAUAAUUUACCUGUCAGGUGCAGCAAGACAUUCACUUCCUGGAAGCUUCCAGUGCAGCUCAUAUCUACGUUGCAUAUAUCCUACAAUAUACUGCACUUAUUUUCGUGUACAUACAGUAUAUAGAAUUGUCAUACUUAUUUUUUUGUGUGUACCAACUUUUUUCCUGCCUUACCGUAUUUGACGCACUGCGUAAGAACAGAGCACCUUGCUGAAGAGCGGCAAGUAAACGUAUGAAUCUAACAUACUUAUCAAAUAUAUCAAAACAUAUGAAUCAUACAUAUCAAACUAGCUGUAUCAUGAGGUAUUUGAUUGACGAUUUUAGCUUCAAACAUAUUUUUUGUAUCAUGAAAAUAAGCAUGAAAUUAGGUGUGGACAAUACUGCUGUACGGCUGAGGGGUUAAAGCUGCGUUAGCGUAUGUUAUGUUUGUUUUGGUUUAAAGGAACUGUGGUGAGGUUCAGUUUGGGUUGAAGUGCGACCAGGUACGGUAAUACUCACCUAGUGUAACUUAACCUUACAUUUUCAAAAAGCUGAAGCGUAACUAAAGACCUUCGCUCUCUAGUUAAGCAUCAACUAGGGAUGAUGUUCGAAACCGGUUCUCCCGAUUGUUCGAUAAGAAAAGAACCGAUUCCAUGGAUUCAAAUCUCUUUUUGAGAACCGGUUCCCGUUAUCGAAGCCACUAUAUCGUAUUUUCGCGACCAUAGGGCGCACCGUAUUAAAAGGCGCCGUGUCAGUUACGGGCAUACUUGCCAACCUUGAGACCUCCAAA